AUGGCACGACCACGUGCUCAUUCUGGCGCUGAUGGGCCCAAGGAACCUCAUUCUGUAUCUUUAAAAGUUUUACGAUUAUCGCGACCUUCAUUAUCAUAUCAAUAUCCACUGGCACGAGAAGAUACGAGGAUAUCACCAAAAGCAUCUCUCGCAUAUCCCACCAACGAUUUUGAUCCUCAUUUUAUUCUUAGUCCUAAUGUCACUCUCCCACCAGCCUUCGGCUCAGCCUACGUAGGCGAAACAUUCGCCUGUUCUCUAUGCGCGAACAACGAGCUACCGACGACAGAUAGCGCGAAAAAGGUGGCCUCAGUCCGGAUUCUGGCGGAGAUGCAGACUCCAUCUCAAGUAUUCCCUCUGGAUUUGAGACCCGCAGAUGACGACAACCAUGACGGAACUCUAUCCAGGACGCCAGGUGAAGGAUUAGACUAUGGCCAAUCGCUGCAAAAGAUUGUUCAAUUUGAUCUCAAAGAAGAAGGGAAUCACAUCUUAGCUGUUAGCGUGAGCUACACCGAGACUCUACUCACUGAUACACUCGCGUCGACUCAGGCGGCGAGCGGCGGCAGAGUCAGGACGUUCCGCAAAUUAUAUCAGUUUAUCGCACAACCAUGUCUGAGUGUGCGCACAAAGGCCUCGGAAUUGACACCCGCCGAGGUAGACAACAAGUCUCUAGGGCCGUACGGGAAGACGCGUCUUUUGAGGUUUGCUCUAGAAGCGCAAUUGGAGAAUGUUGGGGAUGGGUCGGUUGUUAUUGAGAAAACAAUCCUGAGCCCAAAACCACCCUUCAAAGCUACAAGUCUCAACUGGGAUGUACAAGCCGCAGAAAAUGUGGAACGACCAAGCAUGAAUCCUAGGGAUAUUCUCCAAGUAGCAUUUUUGGUCGAACAGGAAGUCGGUCAACAAGAUGGACUAGAUACAUUACUCAAAGAUCUAAAGCGUGAUGGAAGAGCGACGUUGGGACAGCUUUCGAUUGAGUGGAGGAGUACGAUGGGCGACAGGGGAUUUUUGACAACGGGGAAUUUGCUGACGAAGAAGCGGUAG